GAGUUAGUCUGACUUCGGAGUUCGAUACGACGCAACGUUACCUUUCGCUUUUGCUAGCCUUUUUUUACGUAUUUUAAAUAUUGUUUUAUAUUAAGUGGAUCCUGAUAAUCGAAAACAUCUAUUUUCGACCGUGUUAUUAAAAAACGCUGCGUUACUGAUACAAUAUGCUGAAGUUAGCAGCUGCGGUUCUGAUAAUUGCAACGACAGUACACUGUCAAUGUUUUUACAAAGAUGAUUCUUCAAAGAAGUUGGAUCCCGAUGCCAAGACUAUGCUGUACCGUGGCCAGCUCGAGUUCACUCUAAACCUUUUCAAUGCAAUUAAUAAAGCAGUUCCCAAUGACAACAUCUUCUUCUCGCCCUUCUCUGUAUAUCACUCUUUACUAUUAGCAUAUUUUGCUACUGGAGGAAAUACAGAACAAGCACUUAAGAAGUCAUUGCAGAUUGAUGACAAAUUGGAUAAAAUCAACUUGAUGACAGCGUACAAGGUGGACAAGAGGUCGCGGCUGGUGAACAAUAACAGCGACAGCUACGAGUUCUCGAGCGCCAACAAGCUGUUCGUGGACGACGCGCUGCCCGUGCGCCAGUGUCUGCUCGACAGCCUCGCCGAGGAGCUGCAGACGCUGAACUUCCAUGAAAACCCUGAAGAAUCUCGCCAAUACAUCAACGACUGGGUGGCUCGCGUCACGAAGAACAACAUCAAGAACCUGUUGCCUGACGACGCAGUCUCGGAAGCCACCAAACUCGUGUUAGCCAACGCCGCUUACUUCAAGGGAGUCUGGGCAUCCAAGUUCCCCGCAGAAAGGACCAGAAAAGAGGCCUUCUUUGUUUCUGAGACGCGCCAGACAUUGGUACCUUUCAUGAAACAGAAGGGCACUUUCCACUAUUCGGUAAAUGAUGAGCUCGGCGCACAAAUAUUGGAGCUUCCGUACAAGGGCAAUGACAUCAGUAUGUACAUUUUGCUGCCUCCUUACUCCAUGAAGGAAGGAGUGACGAACAUCAUCGCCAACCUGACGCCUGAGCGGCUGUCGGCGGUGGUGGAGGAGGGCUACAUGGGCCGCGAGGUCAUCGUGGAGAUCCCCAAGUUCACCAUCGAGAGGAGACUGCCGCUCAGAGAGGUAUUGGAGACCCUCGGAGUGGGCGACCUGUUCAAUGCCACAGCCGACUUCAGCACUCUCACUGAAUCUCAGGGCGUGCUGUUUGAUGACGCGGUGCAUCAAGCCAAAAUACAAUUGGACGAAGAAGGCACGGUGGCGGCGGCCGCCACGGCCAUCUUCGGGUUCCGGUCGUCGCGGCCGCUGGAGCCGAGCCGCUUUGUGGCUAACUUCCCCUUCGUUUACCUCGUCUACCAGCGCCCCACCGCCUCCGUGCUCUUCAUGGGCGUCUACAGGGACCCCAAGAAGUAAACGUGUGUUUCAUCUCCCUCUCUUUCUCAUCUGAGUGGAGCCCAGGUUCCGCCUUCCUACGUUUCGUCUCCACGCACGGUCGGCAUCAUUAAAAGGGAAAAUGCGAAGAAAUGGAAGGGAAAAUGGAAAAUGCGAGGCUUAUUAUAGAAAUGCUAUUAUUCCAAACCCUGGCUUAGGGGAUUUGCAAACAAUAGUAGUUUAGGUACACCAUACAUUUCCUUAGAUUAUUCUUAAGGCCUGUUUCACCGUUAAAGCUGAUAAAGUAUCUGAUAGUCUAUAAAUAUCAUAUAUAAUAGAAAGUGCUAAAAAUUGUGGUUCACAAGUAUUGGAAACUGGCUUAGGUUAGUUUAUCUGUUAGAUUACAAAUUUGUAUAUUUUCAGAAAGUGGUGAAAAAGGCCGUUAGGCUGUUUGUCUACAAAUAAAAUCUACAAUUUCGGGACUGUUUUUAAAUAUGGUAAACCAUAUUUACUGUGAAGCAUAGGUAAUAUAUAUCUAUCGACAUUCUUUUAUCCCGGACCAUUUUCCCAAUCUCAAAGGUUGUGAAAAUUUUGGUUGAACGUUCACAGAAGCUCGACAAGACACAAAAGAGUGUUAAUUAAUAAAUCGUCACAGUACAUCAUUAACUGACUGGUGUGCGUCCGCGAACAUGUAAAGUGAAGUAAAGGAAAUAUUAUAGAUACUGUAUGGCGGCAACCCACCGUUGUUAUACUAAUACAUGGAUAUAAUAACUAAUAACGUAUUUUUAAAAAGGAUUGUAAACAUCGGAAAGCGAAAAUAACGAAUUAUAAAACUUAGAAAA